AUGAUAAUUUAUGAUCCAGGAAAUUCACGCUGGCCCAAGGAUUACACUCCUGAGAAUUUAAUAAAAGACCUUGUUUUUCUUCGGGAAGCCUUGAUACCAACGAACAGAUAUCCUAAUCAAACACAAAGGCUUCAGGAAUUUUUAAACGCGAAUAAUUUUUCGCUUCUUAAAUUAUUCAAAAUAGUAAGCUUACCGUGUGAAGAUUUUAUUGUUUUAUGUAGAUUUGAAAUGGAAAUAACACCUUGUGAAGAGUUGCUGACAUCAACUUUAACACCUUACGGUCUUUGUUGUUCAUACAACUACGCUCGGUAUGACGGGGAAGAAAGGUACCCGUACAAUCUCUUAAUCUUUACUACUCAGAUGCUUACACAAUACAAAAAUUUGCCAGAAUUUAGGAGUCCUGAUUUUGGUAUGGACUUUACUUUAUCCAUACUAGUAAAAUCUUAUCCUAAAGAAGACCGAUUAAGCUUCACUAUGUUCGGAGAAGGUUCUAAUAUAAUUAUCCAUGAACGGAAUACGUAUCCUGGUCCAUCAGCCCAAGAGUUUGUUGCAGGAUUUAAGGAGGAAGUAAUAGCAGCUCUUAAGGGGACUCAACUCAUUGUCAGCCAAGAAGUCCAAGACCUUCCAGUUGAAGAAAGAGACUGUUGCAUGUCAAAGCCUGAUUUUUUGCACCACGCAGAUAAUUGUUACGUAAAGUGUCGUGAAAAAAUAAUUCGCAAAUACUGUGACUGCGUACCAUUCUACGCGUCUAUUAUUUAUUCCAAUGACACGAUCUGCAAUUUGACUCAUGUUCCCUGUUUAGCAGAGCACAAAUCAAAGUAUGAAGAUUUAAACUUUCGAGAUAAACAAUGUGGAUGCAAACCUGAUUGUGAAGAUACUACAUUCAAGGUUUCAACAUCGUCAUUAGACUUCAUUGCUGCUCAGUAUAAUCCCGCGGAAUUUUACCAAACAUCUUUAAAGUAUAAAGAUCCGACUGCUAUACAUAUUGGGUAUGCAAAUUUGACCUUUAUGCUACUAACUAAAGAAUUAGUACUAUCAUGGAUUAACUUAGUAUCUUCUCUCGGCGGUGUCUUUAGCUUAUUUCUUGGGUGCAGUUUCGUUUCGAUAUUCGAAUUUGUCUACUACCUUGGUUACUUAAUAUGGAAACUAACACGCAGAAAUAAACCUAAAGCUCAAGCACUUCAUCUUGAAAUUCAACUACUUCAGUGAUAUCCUCUUCACCAUCCCACACCUUGAGUCCAGACUCUGCGUCUAUUUCUUCACUUGUGACAGAAAGCACCGGCACGGUGUCUUUUUUAUUAUUUUUAUUCCUUUUUUUGGUGUUUUUAACUUUAGUGUCCUUGAACGCUACCUUAUCUGUGAUAUCAACUUCACCGUCCCACACUUUCAGGCCAGGAGAUUUUUUCUUUUUGUUUUGUUUUCUUGUGUCAGCUUUUAUCACUAAUUUAUGACCAUGUAAAAUAGGUGCCGGUCUUUCUUUUGUUAAGUACUCAGCAGCUACUUUAGC